AAAUAUUCUGCAUCAGAAGCAGCAGCAUUUACCUUCGGCAAACCUCGAAAGAUUUACCACGGCGCUUUGUUAAAGAGGAGGGAGAACAAUUCACGUCUAUAGUUAAAGAAGAAUUAUGGCUUCACGAACGCCAUCAUGCCCCUGCCAAGAUACAAAGCUAGUUAAGUAUUUUUAUGACGACGAAUGUCUUGGGUUUGUCUGUCUAUCGUGCUGGAAAGAAUGGCUUCUGGAAAGAUAUGUUAAUGCAACGAGAGACCCACCUGUUGUGUAUAAUAAGAAGACAUACCUCUCACCAGUCAAAAGCCAAUUGGAAGAGCCCGGAAUACUGCAAUGUACGGCAUCGAGAGAAGAAAUCGUUCCGAAGAAUGUCGCCGAAUCUGUCAAACGUGGUGACCACAUAACGUGGCAACGGCCGUACUUGAUAUGGCAUCAUGCUAUAGUUGAAGAUGUCAAAGACAAAAUGCUGGAAGUGAUUCACUAUUGGAAGGGAGACAAUGGCAAUAUUGUCUUUAAGAGGAACACUGUCGAUGCAACUCAAGAGAAAGGUACCCUGUACCUCAUCACGUAUAACGCGCAAGUGCGGCAGUACAAUCCAGCGCAGUUAGUAAUUGCACGGGCAAGAGCUUUGCUUGGAAUAAGAGGAUAUGAAAUUUUGACGAAUAACUGUGAGAAUCUCGCGACAUUCUGUAAGAGUGGUAUUCACACCAAUCAACAGAAGUCGUGGUUCAACAACAAACUGAAGGAAAUCUCAACAAGUAUCAUGCAAAACCUCCUAACCACAAUGUUUAAGGUUAGUCUUGCCGAAAUCCUAGAAUUAGGAGCUGAAGAAAUGAAGUAUGUACCAAAAUCUUCAGAGGUGAUUGGUGCUGCAGAGAUGAUUGGUGCUGGGGUUAUUAUAGCUUCUGAGGUUGGAAUCUGUAUCUGGAACUUGAACAAAUUAUACCAGAAGUACGUGGAAGUCGCAAAGGAUGGCAGAAAGAGUCUGUCAAAGAAGGACUUUAUCAAAGAGGUGGUGGGGCAGAUAUCGCAGAGAUUUUUUGCUGGGGGAUUAGGAGCCGGAGGCGGAAUUGCACUCACAGCAAUUGGCACAGUGUUGUGCCCAGGAUUGGGGACCGUCGGAGGAGCUGUUCUUGGAAUUGUUGGAGGUUGUGUAGGUUCAUUAUUAGGCCAUGUCAUUGGAACGACUUUGGGACCGUUUUUAUCUAAAGCGAUCGUCAAGACCAUCAUGACCAACGACCGUGCUGUGACGCCGAAUGACCUUCGUCCCGGAGAUCACAUUGUACGUUACGGCAACCCGCUUCAUCCACGAUGUCACGCAAUAGUCAUACGUGUCUAUGCAGAUAAGAAGCUAGUCAGGAUCGUUCGACAUUCAUACGAAAAGGGAGUGAUCCAGGAAGUGCUUCCUUUUGAGCAGCUCAAUCCGUUGUUCAGGGUGACAUAUCCAGCCAAUGCAAAAACGUACUCAACUGAAGAUGUGGUCUAUAGAGCCCUCUAUGCUGUAGCUGAGUAUGAUCCCAAGAAUCCAUCGUAUAACAUAUUUUUCAACAACUGCAAGGACUUUGUAUACCGUAUCACUGUCAAGCCCUAAACAGAGUAACUUUUUGAGUUGCAAACUCAAAAUAAACACAGAAAUGGCAAAAAUAAAAUAAAUAAAAAUAUGCCCUUUCUGAAAAAAAGGUCAGUCCGCAAGGGCUGAAUAAGUUGCUUUUUGUUUUUGUUAUUUUGCCGCCAAAAUCUGGAGCGCGCACGUGCCACACAAAAGAGUCACGUGAUUUCUUAGUGCAAGUCCCUAUUGUGACUGUGCAGAGGUUCCUAUCCUAGCGCCCUCGUUUUCGCAGUUUCCCGGUCACGUGACAGGUAGAUUUUUGUUGAAGGAAUUUCACGAAAUAAUCGCAGAUACUUAUUUCUGAAGACCCUUGUCAACUGCAGUCGUUCGUCCCAUAAUCUUAGAUCACAGAUACAGCAAAUCCCCUGGUAGUUCCGAAAACAAAAUGCAAAACUCUAGGGGACAGGGCGUUUGCUCAUGCGGGUCCAGAACUGUGAAACCAAUUACCAAACUUUAUUAAAGGAAUAAGAGGACUUACUCCAUUUAAACACAGGGACGGAUACAGGGGGGUGGAUUGGGUGGAUAACCACCUUUUUGAGCAAAAAAAAAAAAAAUUAGAAAGUCACUGUUUGAAAAAAAAAAAACAACGGAGAAGGUAAUAUCCAUGUGCCAUCGCCUGCUUGACUUUGCGGACGCGACAAAUCCAAUUCAGCAUGAAGUAUUGUUAGAUUAUAAUCCGGCCAUCAUCCACCCCCCAUUUUUAAAUUUUGGAUCCGCCCCUGAAACAGGCUAUAAAGACACAUUUGUUCCGGCCAGCCUUCAAUGUAUAAAGUAGUCUUAAUUAUUAUUUUUUUAUGUAAGUUUUUGUUUUCUCUGUUUCAUUUUAUUUAGCGCUUUAGAAUAUACAGACGUAGUUUUAGCGUUUUAUAAAUAUAUAUUACUCUUAUUAAGAAAAUAUCAACCUAUUAUUACGCCCACUAACUAUUAUUGUAAAGUAUUCAUUUAUAUAAUUAUUGACUUAAUAGGAUGUUAGAACAAGUAUAUUUACAUGUAAAAUUGUAGUUUUACUGUCAAUUUACAUAAACUGAGAAUUUUCGUCAA